GGAGGUGGAGGUCGGUCGGUGGAGCUAAGGUGGUCAGCAGCUGGAUCAUCGGCGUUCGUGGCGUCCGUCCAUUCCGUGCCUCGUCUCUCCCGGGGAGGGGAGGGGGGCGUCGACGCCGAGCAGGAGUCGCCGCGGGCCCGAGCUUGAAGUCGCCAGGACUUCUCUCCAACUUGUGUGCUGAGGAGACUCAGAUGUUGGCCUCAGCUCCUAGGCUGAACUCGGCAGAUCGGCCCAUGAAAACUAAUGUAUUGAGACAAAGGAAAGGAGCCGUGAGAAAGCAACACCUAUUAUCCUGGGCUUGGCAACAAGGAAGAGGACAGGUAGUGGAGACCCUGCAAUCCGAGAAGCAGACUGAAAGGUGACAAACUGAAGAUGGGUGGUGGAGAGAGGUAUAACAUUCCAGGCCCUCAACCUAGAAACGUUAGUAAGAACCAACAACAGCUCAAUAGACAGAAGACCAAGGAUCAGAAUUCCCAGAUGAAGAUUGUUCAUAAGAAAAAGGAAAGAGGACAUACUUACAACGCAUCAGCAGCUGCAUGGCAGGCCAUGCAAAAUGGGGGGAAGAACAAAAACUUUUCAAAUAAUCAGAAUUGGAACUCUGGCUUAUCAAGUCCCACCUUACUUUUUAAGUCUCAAACUAGUCAGAACUAUGCUGGAGCCAAAUUUAGUGAACCACCAUCACCAAGCGUUCUUCCUAAACCACCAAGCCACUGGGUUCCUGUUUCCCUUAAUCCUUCUGAUAAGGAAAUAAUGACAUUUCAACUUAAAACCUUACUUAAAGUACAGGUAUAAUAGUACUAAUGUUCAAUGUUAGUUAUAUAUUUAAGGGUGAGUUGGUUUAAAACAUUCACUAGGAAAUUAAUUUGCAAAUUAACAUAGAAAAUAACGUCUUGCGCACUGUGGUAAUGUAACAGUGCCAUUUAAAAUACUAAUAAUUGUAUUUUGUAUUAAGUAUUUUCAAUUGAAUAACGUAAGCCAUUUAUGUUUGCAAAAUGGUGAAAGAAUAAAUUUUUUCUAUUUUUGGUGGAGAAAUAAACCUAAGACUCAUUUAUGAACCAGGAGAUGUAGUUGGUCUACUAAGACUUAAGGGACUGAAAAUUAGCUUAUUCUCAAAGCUUAAUAUUUUAGUCAUACCCAGACCAGUUACAAGCCAAUAACCUGAUGCACUGCUGAAAGAAAAUGUGAAUUUUUCCUGAGAAUAGCUGUAUUUUAGUAAACUAUGGUAGCAAGUAUGAAAAGAGUGCACUAGAAGCUAUUUAGACUAUACUCCGAUGAGCCUGCUUCUUGGAGUGGAAUUGGUGGGUGCUUGCCAACAGCACCAAAACCAUUCUUUAUAGACUAUAAACAGUAUUUGGUAAUCACUGAGUAGCUUUUGAAAUACGUUUUUGUAUUAUAGCACUGCACAAGCGAUUCUCAGUGAUCUGACCUCAAAUCAUUCCUGGAAUAGCUUGCUUAAAGGGGGGGACACUAUGUAAUGUGAAAAUUAAAACAACUAGGAAAGAGCCAUGUAAAUAUGUGAUAAACUUGUAGCAUAUGUAAAGGGUUUUUUGGGGGGCAUUUAACCUACAAGAUAGAAUAUUUUAAUAUGAAAUUGUUGAAUGUAAAGUGACCAUGAACUCUUAAAUGCUAUGGCUUAAUUUUAAAGGCCAGUUGUUUUUAAAGUUUGCCCUGUGAUAAAAGUUUCCGUGUAUGUAAAUUGGUCUGGUUGUAAACUAUUUCAAAGUUCCUAGUAUAAAAAUUUUAUAUAACUGAAAACCUUUUAAGCUGCUAAGACACUUCUUUUUUUUUAAGGAGAUGUGAAGUGCAGUAUGAAACUUUCAUAAACCCAAAGAGUAACUACAGGGUUCCUUUAGCUGUAGAUAGCAUCUUGGCUUUCACUAAUUUUGUAACCUGACUAUAGUAAUAUACCAUAUUUCUUUUUCAUCAGUUAAACAUGCAACCCAGAGGGCCACUAGUGCAAAAUAUGUAAUCUUAUGCAUAUUGUUAACCUUUAUAACAUGUCUUACUAUAAAUCCUAAUUAACCCAAUAGUAAAAUUUUAAAGUGUAUGGGGCCAAAAAUAAAAUAUUUUGAGUUGUACGCAUCUGUUUAUAAUUUGGCUGCUUUUUUGAUAUUUUUAAGCAGAAUGCUAGUUUUCUAAAUUCUGAUAAUAACCCAAAUGAUAUUCUAAAAACAAAGUACUUAAUAUAAAGUAAUUUGAAACAUGAAAUAAAAUUGCUUUUUCUUCCCAA